CGAAGAUCCUGCGGAGCUGCGGGACUGGCCGAAAUGUAACGUCAUCGCGCCACUUGAGAUCAUUCAAACCUUGCUGUCCACUUGCACGUAUAUUCGCUUCUGGGCUCGACUGCAUGCAAAGAAGUUCGCUGUAUUUAGAAGGUCUGGAAGUGCCCAUUUGAGGCUGACGUCUGCGGCUCGCGGACCCCCGAAAUCCCCGAGUUCGAAGCGACGCUACCAAGCACUCGAGAUUGUGCCCAAACUCCCUCCUGUACUCCACAUCAGCAUGGCCGACCAGCAUUCUGGAGAGAUUGUGGCAACUCUUCACCAUGUCCUGAACCAAUUAGUCUCCAAUCCGUGUCCCCACGUUUCAAAUCCAGACGGCUGUAAGAAGCGCGCUAGUGUCGCCGUCGUGAUUCGCGUUCGGCCUGCCUACAGUCCUGUUCCCGAGGCCCAUGGCUCCAUUGUUCACAUUGAGCCGCGAGACUCGGCCGCAUCGUCGCUAGAUGACUUCUUUUCUCGGGAAUGGGUGCGGCACGGAGAUGCCGAGGUGCUGUUCAUAAAGAGAGCCGGAAGGGUGGGAGAUUCGUGGUCUGGCCAUAUUGCACUGCCAGGGGGCAGGCGAGACGCCGAUGAUGAAAGCGAUAUUGCUGCCGCGAUUCGCGAGACCAGGGAGGAGGUCGGUCUCGAUCUGCGCGCACCAAACUGUCUUCCGGUCGGCGACCUACCAGAACGCGUCGUGGCAACUACCGGCCGACGAGAGGCCUUGAUGGUAUUGUGUCCGUACAUCUUCCUGUACACAAGCAAAGACGUCCCGAGGGUGUCGCCACAGCCCACCGAAGUCGCAUCCGCACAUUGGGUUCCAAUCCGAGCCCUGCUCUCUCCGAACUUGCGAACUUCGGAGUACGUGGACACUUCAAGUCGAAUGGUGAAGCAGGGCGGGCCCGUGGCAGGCAUUCUCCUCCGCACUCUCAUCGGCAGCAUGGUCUUCUCCGCCAUCCGACUAGCUCCCUCAGAGAGCAUCUUUGCGUCUUCCAUACCGGGCUUCAUCCCCUCAACAGGCGAAACUCGUCUCGAAAUGUUCCUCGAGGGUGCCUUCGGCAUCGCCCCUAAAGAAAAGAAAAAGGGCCUGACGCACCAGCAGCCGUUGCUCCUCUGGGGUCUCACUUUGGGUAUCCUGGCUGACUUACUAGACAUGCUUCCCCCCCACAAUGCCGUGGAUUUGUGGAGGUAUCCCACUUUCACUGCCCCUGAUUUGCGUCUACUAGUGUGGAUGUUGACGCGCGGGUCGAGGCAGAAUAAUGCGGGCGACCUUAGCGCGGGGACUUGGCCGAGUUCUAGGCUGGCUAGUCAGACGGCUGUAGAUGCUACUACGGAGGCCAUCGCGGUUAUGGAGCCGAAGUCGGAGCUAAAGCGGAAUGAGGUUGGGAUUAGCGGGUUGGCGGUUGGGUCGCAGCGACAGGAUGCGAGUUCGAAGUUGCUGGCUGGGUAUUAUGAGCGCAUCAAUGUGGCGGUGGGGGUUUUUGUCGCUUAUAGAACGAUUUUGGGGUCUGCUGCCGCUUAUUGGGUUUAUAAGAUGUGGCAUAAUAGGCGUUCAGGGUGAUGGGAAGGGGGACGGACUUACGGAGGGCUCGCCAGAACUGCUCUAGACACUAUCGUCGUCCACUAUGGCAUACAUAGUUCAUAUUAAAGACUAAAAGCGGUAGGUUUAGGCUUACAUGGUGUUUGGAUCUUUAGGGACAAUUGAGUUGCCUCAUUCUCUUACUUGGAACCUUGUCACAGCUUUGUAACACAUACAAGGAAUCAUAAGGAAUAACGCUGCUCACUAAUUUAUGGCUCUCAACUUGAGAAUUAUAGACUUGUGAUACGUGACCCCAUGGGGGUUGCCCUAUAGC